AUGAACUUUAGAUCGCCGAAUAAAAUAGAAAGUAAAUAUGGAGUAGUAAGCGACUACACAAACUUGAAUCUCCAUCAAGCAGCCUUCACAAAUGACGUUGGCUCAGCAGCAUUUGCACUAAGAAAUGGACAGCCACAGAACAGCGUCUAUAAGGGGACACUUCCAAUACAUGCUGCCUCCCUAGCUGGCUCAAGAGAUGUCCUUAGAAUGCUGAUUGAUGCCGGCGCCGAUGUCAACGCACCUAGACUGCCGAAACACGUUGGUGCUCCUAAGGAGUCUCACCUGCAUCACCAUCAUGAGCAUAAUCCACCUGGUACUACCGGAUCCACAGCCUUGCAUUUCGCAGCUGCAGGCGGUCAUCUACAAAUAAUCAACAUUCUACUAGACAAUGGUGCUGAUCCUAACAAAGUCGAUAAGAAUGGUCAGGUGCCCGCGACUCUAGCG